CCGGCGGCUGCGCUCGCGACUCCGCAGCUCAAGCGCAUUUGGUGGGGCGGUCGGGCAAGGGAGCGCGCACGGAGCGCGGGACUGAGCGCCUGGCGGACGGACCGACGGACGGACGCCCCCGCACACGCAGACGCACAGAGCUCGGCGCGGCCCCCGUCACACACACAAUCGCGCAGACACACACACAGGGACACACGCAGACACACGCACACUCGCGCGCGUACAUCCUCCCGCCAGCCUGCCUGCCCGCUCGCCGGCGCCCGGAGCCCGCUCUGGCCGUUUGCAGGCUCAGAGAGAGCUUAAGUAAUUUGCCAAGAACACACAGCAAGUAAACAGGCAGAGCCAGAAAUCAGACCUAGGCUGCAGCUGCUCUGGUGCUGAGACACAGAAACACAAAAGAGGCACCUGCCCAAGGUGGAGGUCACAGAAGGUUUCCUGAAGGAGGGGCUCAGUUUGCUUUUUGCUGAGAAACUUCCCGCCCUGGCCUCAGAUGGCACCUUUCCCCAUCCGGACACCUUGGGAAUGAAGUUUGAGGGAGCUAGCUCUUUCUGGAGAAUUCUGCCUGCCGCUUUCCACUGCCAGAGGCCCACGGCUCUUGCACGUCUUGGUGAGCUGGACACAGGACUGUGGUUACCAGACCUCUCUUCUUGCUCAGCCCUGGUUCAAAAACCACGGGAUUUAGGAAGCAGAACUACAGAGCAAUAAGAACAUGAGCUUGGAAUCCAUGAUUUCAAACCCAACUCCACUCUAAUGAGCUCUGUGAUCCCAGAGUGAGAGAGAGAGCCUCAACGCUGAUGACUCCGAGGGAGGGGCCCUGGACAUGUGCUGCUGUGAGAGGCUGCCGGGUCUCCCCCAGCCGGUAGUGAUGGAGGCACUGGAUGAGGCCAAAGGGCUCCCCAAUGUGCAGAGAGAGAUGCCACCACCCCCACCACCCUCAGAGCCAGCUCAGAAACCACCACCUCAAGGCACCGGGAGCCACUCCCUCACUGUCAGGAGCAGCCUGUGCCUGUUCGCUGCCUCACAGUUCCUGCUUGCCUGUGGGGUGCUCUGGUUCAGCGGCUACGGCCACAUCUGGUUGCAGAAUGCCACAGAUCUCAUCCUCUCCUCGCUCACAAUCCUGAAACAGCUGGGACCCGCGGCUUGGCUGGGCGCAGGGACCUCGGGAGUCCCCAGUCUGCUGCUGGUCUCCCUGUCUGUGGGCCUGAUCCUCAUCACCACCCUGGUGUGGCACCUCCUAAAGGCUCCCCCAGAGCCGCCCACCCCGGUGCCCCCAGAGGACAGGCGCCAAUCUGUGAGCCGCCAGCCCUCCUUUACCUACUCAGAGUGGAUGGAGGAGAAAGUCGAGGAUGACUUCCUGGACCUGGAUCCAGUGCCCGAGACUCCUGUGUUUGACUGCGUGAUGGACAUCAAGCCUGAGGCUGACCCAGCCUCACUGACCGUCAAGUCCAUGGGUCUGCAGGAGAGGAGGGGCUCCAAUGUCUCCCUGACCUUGGACAUGUGCACCCCGGGCUGCAAUGAGGAAGGCUUCGGCUAUCUCGUGUCCCCACGUGAGGAGUCAGCCCACGAGUACCUGCUCAGUGCCUCCCGCGUCCUCCGAGCAGAGGAGCUCCAUGAAAAGGCCCUGGACCCUUUCCUGCUACAGGCCGAAUUCUUUGAGGCCUCCAAGAGGAGGAAGAAGAAAGGGGCUGAGGCUCAGAAGCCCACUUCCUCAAUCAACUUCAUCAAUCAGAUGACUCACCCACCAGCACCCUCAAACCCACUGCUCCAGGAAAUCCCCAUGAACUUUGUGGAUCCAAAAGAGUACGACAUCCCUGGGCUGGUGCGGAAGAACCGCUACAAAACCAUCCUUCCCAAUCCUCAUAGCAGAGUGUGUCUCACCUCGCCCGACCCUGAUGAUCCUCUGAGUUCCUACAUCAACGCCAACUACAUCCGGGGCUACGGUGGGGAGGAGAAGGUAUACAUCGCCACACAGGGACCCAUUGUCAGCACGAUCGCUGACUUCUGGCGCAUGGUGUGGCAGGAGCACACACCCAUCAUUGUCAUGAUCACCAACAUCGAGGAGAUGAACGAGAAAUGCACUGAGUAUUGGCCAGAGGAGCAGGUGGUGCACGACGGCGUGGAAAUCACUGUGCAGAAAGUCAUUCACACAGAGGAUUACCGGCUACGACUCAUCUCCCUCAGGAGUGGGGCCGAAGAGCGAGGCCUGAAGCAUUACUGGUUCACAUCCUGGCCGGACCAGAAGACCCCAGACAGGGCCCCCCCACUCCUGCACCUGGUACGGGAGGUGGAAGAGGCAGCCCAGCAGGAGGGGCCCCACUGUGCCCCCAUCAUCGUCCACUGCAGUGCAGGGAUCGGGAGGACCGGCUGCUUCAUUGCCACCAGCAUCUGCUGCCAGCAGCUGCGGCAGGAGGGUGUGGUGGACAUCCUGAAGACCACAUGCCAGCUCCGUCAGGACAGGGGUGGCAUGAUCCAGACGUGUGAGCAGUACCAGUUUGUGCACCACGUCAUGAGCCUCUAUGAGAAGCAGCUGUCCCGCCAAUCCCCAGAAUGACCACGCUUCUCUUCCAAGGUCCACUGGGCACUGCCCAGCCAGAGUCUGGGCCCUCACUACAGUCAUCCAGGGCCUUUCCUUGGGUCUGGCCUGCUCCCCUGAUCCUAUCUGUCCCUCUUCCUUCUCUUUGAUCUGCUCCCUCCCUCCUCUAUUAGCCUGGCCUGGCCCCUACCCCCAGCAUAGCUCUUCCUUCUGUACAUAUUGGGGAGUGUGGCAGGGUGGGGGAGGAAUAUGCCAGGCCAGGCCUGGGGCCCCAGGGCCUGAACCCCCAGGCAGACCUGGGGCCUUAGUUUUUAAUGAUGGUUCCAUUGCUACUUGAUCCAAAAUGUUUCCAUGCCUCACUCCAAGUGUCCUCCUGCUACAGCGUGUUCUGUCUGUCCAUCCAUCUCUGCUGUCUAUACCGGACACUGUGUCUCCUCAGCCCAGGAAAGGAGUAAUGAGCUCCAGCCCCUAAGCAGCCCAGGCAGAGGUGCCUGCCUCAGGCCCCCAUUCCCACUUCUCCCAACAGGCAAAUUGCAUUUUGCACCCAGUUACUGGUACCAAUAGAUAGAGGAUGGGGCUGACAACGUGGAGGCCAGGCCUGGGGAGCUCCUGAGGGUUUGGCAGAGAUCCCAGCUAGGAAAGGUCUCUGGGUUGGGAUGGGCGUCACAGCCAGGGUGACCUCUUGGUGUCACAUGCCCUCAGGAUUCAUUGGAAGGGGACAGAUGGGGGUGGGGAACCCAAAGAUCUGGGCCCUGACGGGGGGCUGGGGAGGGGAGCUCCAAGGGUGGGACGGGGACUUGGCCCCAGAUCUGUGUAAGACAUUUUUCUGUCACUGUGGAAAAGCCUUCCCAAAAGUCUCGCUGUAUGUCGCUCUGCGUGUGUUCCUGUGUCCAUGCGUGUGGUGAGAGCCCAUCAGCUGGGCAUGCAUGACUCUUUGGCAACAUGUGUUAUCUUGGAGCCACGUGUUUUUAUUGAUGACUUUAAAUAUUUAUUCCACGGCAGACAGAGACAUUUGGUGUCUUUUUAUAAUUCGCUCGUGGUCAUUGAAUAGAGCAAUAAACAGAGCAUUUUGAGCAAAA